GCCGCCAUCGUGCCAGCCCCACUGGUCUUGGUGAGGUGGGUGACUCUCCAGGAUGGGAGACAAGCCAAUUUGGGAGCAGAUUGGAUCAAGCUUUAUUCAUCAUUACUACCAGUUGUUUGAUAAUGACAGAACCCAACUAGGCACAAUUUACAUUGAUGCAUCAUGCCUUAUGUGGGAAGGACAGCAGUUCCAGGGGAAAGCUGCCAUUGUGGAGAAGUUGUCUAGCCUUCCCUUCCAGAAAAUCCAGCAUAGUAUCACGGCGCAGGACCAUCAGCCUACACCAGAUAGCUGUAUCAUCAGCAUGGUCGUAGGCCAGCUCAAGGCCGAUGAAGAUCCCAUCAUGGGUUUUCAACAGAUGUUUCUAUUAAAGAACAACGAUUCUUGAGUUUGCACCAAUGACAUGUUCAGGCUUGCCCUGCACAACUUCGGCUGACCUCUAUCUGGCCAGAUACUCCCGCUGUUUCUUCCUCCCUCCUCUUCCCAAUACUAUCUCACUCCUCCAGAUGUUCCAAAUAUCAUACACACACGAUCAGGGCCGAGGUGGGAGUGGGUGCAGUGCGAUUCUGUCACCACAGCGUUGUGCAUGAUGUUUGGAUGCUAGACUAGUUGCAUCUGACAGGAGAAGUUUGUGUUGUACCAGUGCAUGCCUUGGAAAGACUUAAGUAAUGCAAAAGAUUGUCGGUUUUUGUUUUUGUUUUGUUUUUUAAUCUACUGACAAGUUGCUCUAGUAACCCAAAGAAGUGAAGGAGAAAGCAGCUGCCUCACCGCCCAGAUAUUGAUUUGUUCAGAUGUUUCAAUGCCUCAUGAUACAAUAAAACCACAAAAUUUUUCUUAACAGUUUAAA